AUGUGUCAACCGUUGCCCUACGCCAAAUUUCGAUGGGUCGAUGAUGUCGCGAGCUUUGACGUAAUGUCUGUUGCAUCCGAUUCGGCUACCGGUUACGUGCUGGAAGUCGAUCUCGAGUAUCCGGUGAAUCUUCACGACGCGCACGCCGACCUGCCGUUCUGCCCGACGUGCGAUAAGCCGCCCGGCAAACGGGAGUUCAAGUUACUCGCAACGCUGUACGAUAAGCAGCGUUAUGUCAUCCACUAUCGUAAUCUGCAACAAUGCGUGCGACAUGGUCUGCGAAUUGCAAAGAUUCACCGCGUACUGCAAUUCGCGCAAUCUCCAUGGCUCCGCGGAUACAUAGAACUGAAUACACAGUUUUGGACACGGGCGAAAAAUGAUUUCGAAAAAAAUUUGUACAAAUUGAUGAACAACGCCGUUUUCGGCAAAACCAUGGAGAAUGUGCGAAAUUACACGGAUGUCCGGCUCGUUACACAGUGGGAUGGUCGGUACGGAGCGGAGGCUAUGAUCGCAAAACCGAAUUUCCACAGCCGAAGCGUGUUCUCGGAGGAUCUGAUUGCCGUAGAGUUGCGAAAACUCGAAGUGAAAUUCGACAAGCCGAUCUACGUGGGUAUGUGCAUCCUCGACAUAUCCAAGACCUGCUUGUACGAGUUUCACUACGAGUACAUGGCGCCUCUCUACCGCGACAAUUGCAAAAUUAUGUACACCGAUACCGACAGUCUGAUAUACUUUCUGCACUGCGAGGACGCGUAUCGGGAUAUGAAACGUGAUAUAUCCAAAUUCGACACGAGCGACUACUCCAAGAACAACGCUUACGGUAUGCCGCGCGCCAACAAGAAAGUACCCGGUCUGAUGAAAGACGAGAAUAACGGCGCGAUCAUGACGGAAUUUGUCGGACUGAGAGCGAAGAUGUACGCGUUGAGAGUCACCG